AUGGCCGGAGGCAGCGAGCCCGCGGCGGUGGCGACCUGCACGGCCCCCGUGAACAUCGCCGUCGUCAAGUACUGGGGAAAACGAGAUGAGGAGCUGAUUUUGCCAAUUAAUUCUUCGCUCAGUGUCACGCUGCACCAAGAUCAGCUCAAGACCACCACCACGGCCGCCAUCAGCCGCGACUUCACGGAGGACCGCCUCUGGCUGAACGGGAAGGAAGCUGACCCGGGAAACCCCCGUCUCCAGUCGUGCCUACGGGAGGUGCGUCGCCUGGCUAGGAAGCGCCAUGGGGGCGGCAGCGGUGGGGACGCCGCGUCCCCCAGCCUGGCCUACAAGGUCCACAUCGCUUCGGAGAACAACUUCCCCACGGCGGCCGGGCUGGCCUCUUCCGCGGCUGGCUACGCCUGCCUGGUCUACACGCUGGCCCAGCUGUACGGCGUGGAAGGGGAGCUCUCCGAAGUGGCCCGCCAGGGCUCCGGCAGCGCCUGCAGGAGCAUGUUCGGGGGCUUUGUGCAGUGGCUGAUGGGGGAGCGCGCGGACGGGAAGGACAGCGUGGCACAGCAGGUGGCCCCGGAAGCACACUGGCCCGAGCUGAGGGUCCUGAUCCUGGUGGUGAGCGCCGAGAAGAAGCCGGUGGGCAGCACGGCAGGCAUGCAGACCAGCGUGCAGACCAGUCUCCUGCUGCGGCACCGAGCCCAGGCGGUGGUGCCAGCCCGCAUGGCCCAGAUGAUCCGGCACAUCCAGCAGCGGGACUUCGAGGCCUUCGGCGAGCUCACCAUGCGGGAGAGCAACCAGUUCCACGCCACGUGCCUGGACACCUUUCCGCCCAUCUUCUACCUCAACGACACCUCCAAGCGGGUGGUGGCUUUGGUGCACCGCUUCAACGCCCACUGCGGCAGAACCAAGGUGGCCUAUACUUUUGAUGCCGGACCCAACGCGGUUCUCUUCAUGUUGAGCGACACAGUGGGCGAGUUUGUGGAGGUGCUGAAGCACAGCUUCCCGCCAGAGAAGAACGGCGACCAGUUCCUGAAAGGCUUGCCGGUGGAGGCCGUGACGCCGUCCAAGGGACUCCUCUCUGCGGUGGUGCAGGAUCCGGUCCCAGGAGCGAUCCAGUACUUGCUGCUCACGAAGCCGGGGCCGGGGCCCGCGCUCGUGGAAGAUGCCCGUGGCCACCUCCUGGGAGCAGACGGGCUGCCCCGGAGCAGCAGCUGAGCAGCGUGUGCCCCAUCUCGGGGCUUCCCCAGGAGCCCCACAGCUGUGCCUGGGGGCAGCGCGGAAGAUUCACCCAGCAAGCAGCGUGGGUGGAGGAGCAGGGGAGGCUGUGCCUGUGUGGGAUUAUGGGAAGGCCUGGCACUUACACGCCGGGGCUCUUUCUGCCUGUCCUUUCCUUAGUGGGUGUUUGGGUGUCUGUCCGAUUGUCAGGGACUUUGCUGGGCUAAAGCUGGGAGAAGCCCCCUUUCCUGGCGGGCCUUUCUCUCGGAGCUCCAAGGACCAGAAUUUCCUCUCUAGCGCAGGGUGGGCCACCAGAGAGCUUCUGUCGAGCUUCUGCGGGCUGUUGCCACGGCUGCCGUGAACCCGUCUUUGCCAGCUGGCUAGAGUUGCACCUCUGGGUCGGAUGACCUGGGCGGCACAGCCCACGGACCUCACCGCCGGCUCCCCCUCCCAGUUUCCCCUCCUCUGCCGGGGCAGCAAGAGCCUCAGGGAGGAAGAUUUGGCCGGGGGUGCAAAGAGUGCUGCCCAGUCGCAUCUCCGAUGGCACUGGCCCGGGGGGGGGUCCAGCAGGGGAGGGUGGGCUGCCGGCCAGGCGGACAUCUCCAUCGUGCUUCGGCCCCCUGCCCCCAGGCCCUCUGGGCUCUGCCUUCUGCACCAGGUUCCAGCGGCUCUUUUCUUGAGGGUGUCCUGUGUCACUGAGCUGGUUUCCUUCUGAACGGGUGCUUUUAAAAGGAUGGAAUGUGAUACCCUGAA